AUGUCAUUAGUCAAGCUUGCAAAUACAUGUGCCCAUCUACAGAAUUGUUCGAAAGUCAGAGUGGCUUUAACAUCGAUCCCAUACACGAAAUUACAGUUACAAUUUGCAUAUAACCUUUACCAACAAGGGUUUUUGUCGUCUUUGCAAAAGGGGUCAACGAUGGGCCCAGACAAAGAAUAUGUUGAAGUAACACCGGAUAACAUAUCUACCAGAAGACUUUGGGUAGGAUUGAAAUACAGAGACAACAAACCCGUGCUUAGUAACUGUCGCUUGAUUUCUAAACCGAAUUCUAGAAUAUAUUUACCGAUGGAAGACAUGAAAAAGUUGUGUUCAGGUGUAACAAUUAGAAACAUCAAACCUUUGCAGCCAGGGGAACUGAUUCUUGUUCGCGCUGAGAAUAGUAUCAUGGAGAUUAAUGAAGCCAUUGCUAAGAGGUUAGACGGAGAAGUAUUGUGUAGAGUUAAGUGA